AUGGCUCUGCCGCCCUUCUUCGGUCCUGGUCGCCUGGGCCCACCACCACCGCAGCCACCGCCUCCCGCUCCUUUCGGUUGUCCGCCACCACCGCUGCCCUCUUCGGCUUUCCCGCCGCCUCUUCCCCAGCGGCCCGGCCCCUUUUCGGGGCCCUCCGCCCCCUUUCUCCAGCCCCCGUUGGCUCUACAGCCCAGGGCGCCCCUGGAACCAUCCCGCGGCGGUGGCGGGGGCAGCGGCGGCGGCGGAGCCUUCUAUCCUGUGCCACCACCACCGUUGCCUCCGCCGCCACCCCAGUGCAGGCCAUUUCCAACUUCCGACUCUCGCGAGCGCCCACGGCCGCCGCCUCCGGGCCCGGGGCCGCCUUGGAACUCGCGCUGGCCUGAGGCGCCGCCGCCAUCCGAUGUGCUCGGUGAGGGAGCCUUGCAGCGCCUGCGCGACCAGCAGUGGUUGGAAGCGGUUUUCGGAACCCCGCGGCGGGCUGGUGGCCCGGCGCCUCCGCGCCCGCCCGCCGGGCCUAGCCUAGGCGAAGUUCGCGCCCGGUUGCGCGGGGCCCUGUGCUUAGUCCGGCGGCUGCGGGGCCUGGGCCGGGCCAUGCGCGAGGCCGAGGCAGAUGGCGCAGCCUGGACACUGCUGCACGCCCAGGCUGCGCCACUGCGCGCUGCACUGGCAGAAAGGCUACAGCCGCUGACACAGGCGGCCUACGUGGGCGAGGUGCGGCGGAGACUGGAGAGGGUUCGGCGCCGCCGGCUGCGACUUCGGGAGCGGGCUCGGGAACGCGAGGCCGAGCGGGAGACGGAGGCCGCGCGGGCUGUGGAGCGCGAGCGGGAGAUUGAUCUUUGGAGGGUCAAGUGCGUGCAGGAGGUGGAGGAGAGGAAGCGGGAGCAGGAACUCAAAGCUGCUGCUGAUGGCGUCUUAUCUGAAGUGAGGAAAAAGCAAGCAGACACUAAAAGAAUGGUGGACCUUCUUCGGGCCUUGGAGAAAUUGAGGAAGCUGAGGAAAGAGGCUGCAGCGAGGAAAGGGGUCUGCCCUCCAGCCUCAGCAGAUGAAACUUUUGAGCAUCAUCUGCAGCGACUGAGAAAACUCAUUAAAAAACGCUCUGAACUAUAUGAAGCUGAAGAGAGAGCCCUCAGAGUUAUGCUGGAAGGAGAACAAGAGGAAGAGAGGAAAAGAGAAUUAGAAAAGAAACAAAGAAAAGAAAAGGAGAAAAUUUUACUUCAGAAGCGUGAAAUUGAGUCCAAGUUAUUUGGGGAUCCAGAUGAGUUCCCACUUGCUCAUCUCCUGCAGCCUUUCCGGCAAUAUUACCUCCAAGCUGAACACUCCCUGCCAGCGCUCAUCCAAAUAAGGCAUGAUUGGGAUCAGUACCUGGUGCCAUCUGAUCAUCCCAAAGGCAACUCCAUUCCCCAAGGAUGGGUCCUUCCUCCGCUCCCCAGCAACGACAUCUGGGCAUCUGCCGUUAAGAUGCAUUAG